CCGUGCGCAUGCGCCCCACCCCUGUCGGCGACUGCUGCCACCGCUGGCGCCACUGUCGGAGCUCAAACCAGCAGGCCUGCGACCUAGAAAGUGCGCAAAACCCCACUUCCUAAGGCCUAGAAGGAGCGAUGUGAAGGUUUUGAUAUCAGGAUGAUGCCGGCCUCAUAAAACGAGUUAGAGAGGAAUCGCUCUCUUUCUACUGUUUGAAAUCAUUUCAGAAGGAAUGGUACCAGCUCCUCUUUUUACCUCUGGUAGAAGUUGGCUGUGAUUCUACCUGGUCCUGGACAUUUUCUGGAACAAGACCCUGCAGAUGGAGAAGAUCAAGGCUCGUUUGAAGGCUGAAUUUGAGGCACUUGAGUCAGAGGAAAGGCACCUAAAGGAAUACAAGCAGGAGAUGGACCUUCUGCUACAGGAGAAGAUGGCCCAUGUGGAGGAACUCCGACUGAUCCAUGCUGACAUCAAUGUGAUGGAAAACACUAUCAAACAGUCUGAGAAUGACCUAAACAAGCUGCUAGAGUCUACACGGAGGCUGCAUGAUGAGUAUAAGCCACUGAAGGAACAUGUGGAUGCCCUGCGCAUGACUCUGGGCCUACAGAGGCUCCCUGACUUGUGUGAAGAAGAGGAGAAGCUUUCCUUGGAUUACUUUGAGAAGCAGAAAGCAGAAUGGCAGACGGAACCUCAGGAGCCCCCCAUCCCUGAGUCCCUGGCCGCUGCAGCCGCUGCUGCCCAGCAGCUCCAAGUGGCUAGGAAGCAGGACACUCGGCAGACGGCCACCUUCCGACAGCAGCCCCACCUAUGAAGGCCUGCUUGUCAUGUCACCAGCAAAUUCACCGGAAUGCACCUAUAUGCCCUCUGUGCAAAGCCAAGAGUCGGUCCCGGAACCCCAAAAAGCCAAAACGGAAGCAGGAUGAAUAAAGAAAGGGAGAGCACAUGAAGCUUUGCUAAUUAUAACCCCUCACCUUGACCACAGUGAUUGAUGUCCUGAUGUGAAACAACCCUUGCCAAACCCUAUGAAGUCUCCUAUUUAAUGUGAUGGAAGCACAGCCCCUCUCUCACUUUGCUCCUAUUUCUUUCUGCUCUUGGGAUUUUUGGUUUAGGAAGAGAUGUGGUUCAGGUGCUAAUGACAGUGUGUCUGAUGAUCCCAUCUCUCCCACUCACAUUUCAACCCCCGCCCUUGUUUGGAGCUAUGGAAGGGCAAAAGGCUCAGAUAUGAUUCUGUGUCUCUUGUGCCUGAUGCUUGGAGCCUAAGGAGCUGUAGGGUCUGAGGGGCAGGGGAGGACCAUAUCUUGUUUCAGGUAAAGGACCCAGUGUUUCCUCUCCUUGUACUUUUGCCUUAGGUUCUGAAGGGACAAUAGUCUUCAUGUUGGAUUCUCCAACAGGCUGGGUGCAUGUAUCUCCCUACUCUCACCCUCAUCUCAUCUUUAAGGCCCAGAGGUGGCUUGGACAAGCCCUCCUUUUCAUAAACAUUUGGGAGGGCUGGCUGUUAUUCUUUAGCUUGCUUCACUUCAGUCUCCCGGAUAAACUAAAAUUUUUAGGUACCAGGCUGUGUGUCUGGGAAUCUUAAGAUCAAUGGGCCUUUCCCCAAUAUCAAGUCUUCACAAAUUCUAGUAGAUUUCCACAGCAAAAUCAGGGAGCCAGACCAACUCUGCAUGUCCUGCCUAACCUACUCUCUAAGUCAUUAGUGCUGAGGGCUUGGCUAUAGGGGCUGCCUUAGGCUGAGAAGGCCCCCCCAGGCUGACAUCUGUGUUGGCUUUUGUUCAAAACCAUUAUUCUGGCACACAAUCAAUAGUAUAUUGCAGGGGAGGACAGAAGUAGAUUUAGAUUCAAGUAAAUGCCAAUCACUCCACACAUGAAGGUAGGUGGGGAUUUUCCUUCCAUUCUUCCCUUGCUCUCUUGGAUCUGACCUCUUCUGUAGCCUCCGCUAAGUACAACUGCUAGCCACUCCUGUCCUGUGGAUUAUACAGGUGACCUUUCCACCCAAAAGAAAAGACAUCAGGCUCCCCAAUGUUUUCUCAGCUCUCCUUUCCACCAAAGCCAGGUUUUCUGGUAAUGUCACUCAACAUAAGGGAUGGAGAUGAGGGCUGACUGACAAAAAAUUUUAGCCCCAGAUCUCAGUCCCUGGCUGGGGAGGGGGGAUAUUUUCUUUCCUUCUUUAAGUAGUCUUACAUUGCCACAGUAUGUAUGUGUUCAUAAUAUAAAAUAUUCCUCUGCUCUUUGAAAGUGAGAGUGUUAUAUCUGUACAAAUCCUUUUAACAUGUGUUCAUUGAUGUAAAUUCUGACUACUGUGUAUUGGAUAAUACAAAAGAUGUAAUGUUAUUUA